UUGGUAUAAUUGGUGUAUUUAUAGAAAAGUGACGACAUUUGGCAGGCGGAGUUUGCAAAAUGUAGAAGACGGAGUUUUCCAAGUGAAAAAGCUGCCUCCACUCUGUCAGAUUCAAAUAUUAAAUUACCAACUUCUCUCUCUCUCUCACAUACGCGCAGCGCAAGCUUGAAUUUGAAUCUCGGAGAUGGCGUCUCUAGCCCUCUCCCCCUCCUUAAACAUCCGCCUCCGCCCCCAAUCCAACCCCUGCUCCCGCUCCCCCAAAUCUCUUCGCCUUCAAUUUAGAUCUCCCACCAAAAUCACUGCUACUACCCACAAUUUCUCGAAUCCUCAAUUUCAAAAUUCGCCCCUCUUGGUUGGGGCCCAGAAACGCCGACCGCUAACAGUCGCCUCUGCUUCAGCGGCCCCUCAGUCACAGGCAUGGCAGGGGGCUUCGAUGAAGCCUCUGAUGGCCUCCAUCGCAACGGGGGUGAUUCUAUGGUUCGUCCCGGCCCCCGACGGGGUCUCCCGCAUCGCGUGGCAGUUGCUCUCCAUUUUCCUGGCCACCAUUGUCGGAAUCAUCUCCCAACCGCUGCCUCUGGGGGCCGUGGCCUUGAUGGGCCUGGGAGCAUGUGUUUUAACAAAGACGCUGACGUUUGCCGCCGCAUUCUCGGCGUUCGGCGAUCCUAUCCCGUGGCUGAUCGCGCUAGCCUUCUUUUUCGCGCGAGGGUUUAUCAAAACUGGAUUGGGGAACAGAAUCGCGUAUCAGUUUGUUUCUCUGUUUGGGAGCUCGUCGCUGGGAUUGGGGUACAGCUUGGUGUUCAGCGAAGCGCUGUUGGCGCCGGCGAUCCCGUCGGUGUCCGCGAGGGCCGGCGGCAUAUUCUUGCCGUUGGUGAAGUCGCUUUGCGUGGCGUGUGGUAGUAAUGUAGGCGAUGGGACCGAGAACAAAUUGGGUUCCUGGUUGAUGCUCACAUGCUUUCAAACAUCUGUGAUUUCGUCGUCUAUGUUUCUCACUGCCAUGGCUGCAAAUCCCUUGGCUGCUAAUCUUACUGCAACUACUAUAGGUAUGCAGAUUGGAUGGAUGGAUUGGGCCAAGGCUGCAAUAGUGCCGGGCUUGGUGUCGCUGAUCGUUGUUCCAUUCCUGCUCUAUAUAAUCUAUCCACCUACGGUCAAGAGUAGUCCCGAUGCUCCAAAACUUGCAAGGGACAACUUGGACAAGAUGGGGCCCAUGUCCAAGAACGAGAUCAUCAUGGCUGCAACUCUGCUGCUCACGGUGGGGCUCUGGAUUUUCGGUAGUGUCCUGAAUGUGGAUGCCGUCACUGCUGCAAUUCUUGGUUUAUCUGUCCUCCUUGUAAGUGGGGUGGUAACGUGGAAGGAAUGCCUAUCUGAAUCGGUUGCUUGGGAUACACUUACAUGGUUUGCCGCACUUAUUGCAAUGGCUGGCUACCUAAACAAAUAUGGCCUUAUUACCUGGUUCAGCCAAACUGUAGUCAAGUUUGUUGGUGGAUUGGGUCUUUCGUGGCAGCUAUCUUUUGGCAUUCUUGUCCUACUGUACUUCUAUUCCCACUAUUUGUUUGCGAGCGGGGCUGCUCAUAUUGGUGCGAUGUUUACAGCAUUCUUAUCUGUAGCGAGUGCUCUGGGUACUCCACCGUAUCUGGGUGCUGUUGUGCUGGCCUUCCUUUCCAAUCUUAUGGGAGGCAUUACUCAUUAUGGGAUAGGAUCAGCCCCUGUGUUUUACGGUGCAGGUUACGUUCCACUCGCAAAAUGGUGGGCUUACGGCUUCCUUAUCUCAGUCGUCAAUCUUGUCAUUUGGCUUGGUGUUGGAGGCCUCUGGUGGAAGGCCAUUGGCUUGUGGUAGAACUGCCUCCACUCUAUCUUUCACAUAAAUGAGUUUUUUCAGAUUUCCAACAGAAUCAGGAUUUUACAAGUUUUGGUCACUUGGUAUACAAAUCAAGGUGUUUAUUGUUGCUACACAACACCAUUCAACUGCUCUCCUUUCUAAUGUAACAUCUUUCCUUUUUUUUCAUGGUAUGCACUAUGCAGCAAUGAAAAUUAUUAAUUUUCA